AUGACCCCUCCCCCCCCAAACAUCAACCCCCCACGCAGCCGACUACGACCUCACCACCCCCUCCCCAGCACCACCGGACUCCGUCAAACCCUCCCCUCCUACGGCGACGCACAUUUCUCCCUCUUCUUGCGCAAAGUUUUCAUCAAAGCCCUGGGCUACAGUGAAGACACGCUCUCCCGCCCCAUCAUCGAAAUCAUCAACACCAAUUCCGGGUUCAACCCCUGCCACGGCAACGCUCCGCAACUCUUAGAGGCAGCCAAACGAGGCAUCCAUCUCAAUGGAGGCAUUGCGAUUGAUUUUCCUACGAUUAGUAUCCAUGAGGGAUUCUCCCACCCGACGAGCAUGUUUCUGCGCAAUUUGAUGAGUAUGGAUACCGAGGAGAUGAUUCGGGCGCAGCCGGUGGAUGCGUGUGUUAUGAUUGGGGGAUGCGACAAAACCGUCCCCGCGCAAAUCAUGGGCGGAAUAUCCGCCAACAAGCCCGUCCUGCCGCUCCUCACGGGUCCAAUGAUGCCAGGCAGUCCUCGCGGAAAACGCGUCAGUACCAUCGACGUGGAGGAGAUAAUGGCAGUUAACGAAGAAUUGGCUCCUACAAUCGGAACCUGCGGCGUAAUGGGCACAGCCAGUACCAUGGCAUGCAUCACGGCAGCCCCUCGGUCUGAUUCCCUUGCAGGGUGCAUCUGCACCGGCUGUGUCUGCGUCCCGCUUGCAUUGCAGAGCAAACGGACUUUACUCUCUGUCGAGUCAUUCUAUAACGCUGCGAUUGUGCUUCAAGCGAUUGGGGGAUCCACCAACGCAAUGGUCCAUCUCAUGGCCAUUGUCAACCGUCAUCCCGAUAUCAAGGGGACAUUUACACUCGAAACUCUCGAUAGAAUUGGUCGGACGACGCCACUACUAGUAGAUCUCAAGCCUAGUGAAACAAUGGGUGAAGUCCUGGACCGUACGCCCUUCCGGGACUUUGAGCACUCGCGGAGUAUUAUCCGCCCCUUGGAGGACCCCUUGUAUCCAUGCUCAUCAUUGGCAAUGGUAUAUGGCAAUAUUGCCUCUGACGGGGCGGUGAUUAAAGCGUCUGCAUCAAAGGACAAAAGGUUACUGAAACAUGAAGGACGGGCAGUGGUGUUUGAAAACUCGCAGGAUCUGGCGAUGAGGAUCGAUGAUCCGGAGUUAGAGGUCACAGCGGAUUCAGUCUUAGUGCUCAAGGGGAUUGGGCCCAUUGGGAACCCUGGGAUGCCAGAGGCGGGGAUGAUUCCGAUUCCGAGGAAACUGGCUGCCCAGGGGGUGAUGGAUAUGUUGAGGGUGUCGGAUGGGAGGAUGUCGGGGACGGCGGGGGGGGACGAUUGUGUCGCAUGUGUCGCCGGAGGCGGUGGUGCCGGAGUCGGCGUUUGGGGUGGUGGAGACGGGGGAUGUCAUUCGGUUUGA